AUGUCUCCAGAAUCAGCAAAUUCCUCUCCAGGGGCCAGCUAUUGGUAUGGCGGCGACCUCCAGAAUGAGUUGGAUGGCUUCCCACAGGAUGGACCGAGUCUUCGUACAUUGCGUCGAGCCUCAGGGGCGGUGAUCCAUUCGAACGCGUUCCACAGCCAGGAACUGGACCCGUGCGAACAUAGCGCAAGACUACUCCGUUUCGAUACAUCGCAAGCAUCCGCACUGGCUUUUCGAUCCCAAUCUUCAUCUACCUCUGCCACCUCUGCCAACAAUAAAGCCCCCUUAGCGCCAAAGCAGGGGCUUGCAGGCUCUCUGGCGAACACUAGAGGCCAGCAUAACUCCCCCAUCUCCGGUACCUAUGCCCUACGCACUCCGCGAGGAAAGAUCACCUCAAUCGCUUGCGAGAGCUGUCGGAAGCGGAAGUCGAAGUGCGACGGUGUGCGGCCGAAAUGCAAUACGUGCCAGACCAAGAACCUCGUGUGCGUUUACGAUGUCGCCGAAGACGGCAAGACGACCACGCAGUUGCGGGCGCAUGUCAGGAGGCUCGCAAAGGAGCUCGAUGACAUGAAGUCAAUCGUAUCGUUGCUAGCCAUAGCGCCGGACAGGGUGUCUGCGGCGAAUUGGGCGAGCGAGUUAGAGAAGAAUGGGUUUGCACACCACUCUGCCGCGGAGAUCCGGCGGGCGCUCCAGGAAGCCGACAACCUUCUGCGCCCAUUGCCAGACCAAGAGUCGUCAGGUGGUACUCCUGGAAGUGAGGCGUUCUCUCGGCCAACACCAAGUAUUGCCACAUCGUCAUACGAUGGAUCCUCGCGGGACGGAAGCAGAGAGCAGAGCCAAACAGCGUUACCGUUCCCACUUCCUGACAGCGCAAUGGGCAACACGUCCCUCGACUUCAACAAGACGGGCGAACUCGGCAAGUUCAGCUUCGACUGCGCCUUCUACCGAAGAACCAAGAGAGACUUGCUGGCCAACGGUUGGGAUAAAGCACAAAUCUUCGGGCGGAACGAGAUAGAUGUAGAUACUUUGUUGCUAGGUUUUACGGAUCCUCAGGAUGGACAACCGGUGACAACUUGGGCGUCCAGGACGGUCAAUAAGCUCUUGCCCGCGGCUCCUCUACCAAUUCGCUUGGCUUCGGGUUUCCUCUUGACUCAGAUGAUGAGGUGGCUCAUAUGGCCCAACGUCGAGAACAUGAAUUCGAUGCCCGAAUGGUUGAUGCCUCUUCCUAGGCAAGACUGCUCGCCGUACGAUAUCCUGGUCGACCUUAUCCCCUGGCCGCAACUCCGUCAAUAUCUUUACGAACACCCCAGGGAGUUUGUAGUAGUGGCAUUCGUCGGUCUGAUAGACAUAGACUGGCCAUACGCGGAGGAUGCUUGCCAUUACUGGGACAUGGAGACCGGAUAUACACGUUUAACCCCGCUCUUCGAGAACCACAUCCGCGACCUUAACAAUUGGACUUUAAGCGCCAAGGCUAUGGAGCUUAUGCCUCAGCUAGAGGCUUUACUUCCCGGGGCGAUACGGUAG